CUGAUCUGCCCCUCGCAGCGGAGGGAACGCGCAGGGACGCCCGGGACCGCGCGAUGGAGUCGAGCGGCGGCGACGAGGGGGCCCCGGGCCGCGGGCCGCGGGUGCUGGUGGUGGGCGGCGGCAUCGCGGGGCUGGGAGCGGCGCAGAGGCUCUGCCGCUACCCGGCCUUCCGGCACCUGCGGGUCCUGGAGGCCACAGCCCGCGCUGGAGGCCGCAUCCGCUCGGAGCGCAGCUUCGGUGGUGUGGUGGAGGUAGGCGCUCACUGGAUCCAUGGGCCCUCUCAGGGCAACCCCGUCUUCCAGCUGGCUGCCAAGUACGGGCUGUUGGGGGACAAGGAGUUGUCAGAGGAGAACCAGAGGAUCGAUACCGGAGGUCACGUGGCGCUGCCCUCGGUGUCCUAUGCCAGCUCCGGGGAAAGUGUGAGCCUCGGGCUGGUGGUGGAGAUGGGCCAUCUGUACUACCGCCUCAUCGACCAGUCCCGGGAGUUCCUGCACGCGGCCGAGGCCCCCGUGCCCAGUGUGGGGGAGUUCCUCAAGAAGGAGAUCCGUCAGCACUUGGCCAGCUGGACAGAGGACGAGGAGACCAAGAAGCUCAAGCUGGCCAUUCUGAAGAACUUCUUAAACAUAGAGUGCUGUGUGAGUGGCACCCACAGCAUGGACCUGGUGGCCCUUGCACCCUUUGGGGAGUACACCGUGCUGCCGGGGCUGGACUGCACUUUUCCUGGGGGCUACCAAGGACUCACAAACUGCAUCCUGGCCUCCUUGCCCCAGGACGUGAUGGUUUUUAACAAGCCCGUGAAGACUAUUCACUGGAAUGGGUCCUUCGAAGAAGCUGAGUCUCCUGGGGAGAAGUUUCCAGUGUUGGUGGAGUGUGAGGAUGGAGACUGCUUCCCAGCACAUCACGUGGUCCUUACCGUGCCCUUAGGUUUUCUUAAAGAACACCUGGACACCUUCUUCCAGCCGCCACUGCCCGCUGAGAAGGCAGAAGGGAUCAGGAAAAUGGGCUUUGGGACCAACAAUAAGAUCUUCCUGGAGUUUGAAGAGCCCUUCUGGGAGCCGGACUGCGAGCACAUCCAGGUGGUGUGGGAGGACACAUCGCCCCUGGAGGACACCGCUCCCCCGCUGCAGGACGCCUGGGUCAAGAAGCUGAUUGGCUUUUUGGUCCUGCCUUCCUUCGAGUCUUCCCAUGUCCUCUGCGGGUUCAUCGCUGGACUUGAGUCCGAGUUCAUGGAGACACUGUCAGAUGAGGAGGUGCUUCUGUCUCUGACACGCAUGCUUCGCCGGGUGACAGGGAAUCCACAGCUUCCUGCGCCCAAGAGUGUGCUGAGGUCUCGCUGGCACAGCGCCCCCUACUCCAGAGGCUCCUACAGCUACGUGGCUGUGGGCAGCACCGGGGAUGACAUUGACCUGCUGGCUCAGCCCCUCCCUGUGGACAGAGAGAAGGCCCAGCUCCAGGUACUGUUUGCAGGAGAAGCCACACAUCGGACGUUUUACUCGACCACACACGGGGCUCUGCUCUCUGGCUGGAGGGAGGCUGACCGGCUCAUCGCUCUGCUGGACCCCCAGGCGCAGCUGCACGGUCCCAGGCUCUGAGCCAGCCCUUUCCCCCCUUGCCAGGGGAGGCUGCCACCAUCCUUUCCUCUGUUCAGCCUGGCUGGAGACUUGGGAUGUAUUGUUACGGGUCAUUGCUCUCAUUUUUCACGACUGUCACUGGGUCUGGCCACGGCUGAGCUGGAGCUGGGGUGGGGGGGGAGUCUUCCUGGAGAAGUGAGACACAGGUGUGACCAGCUGCUGGUGGGUGGCUCACAUAAAGUGUGUCAAAACCUC